AGAUAUUAUCCCACUUGGUGGUCUACUAGUUAAUUAUCCCAGUAGUUCGUGGAACACCUAUAUUCAAGCCUCGCGGAACACUAGGGUUCCGUGUUUAGGAACACUGCUCUAGAUCUCUAUACAGUAUACUUAUACAUUCUCCUUCGCCUUUGUAAUUCUCAGUGUUUAAGUAGCCUACUAGAUCUAGAACUAAAAUAUUGACUAUGACUACUGAAAGAGGAGAUCAAUAUGAUGACCAUGAGAUCAAUCAACAUUUACUUGACGGAAAUCUGAACGGGUUUAAUGUCAAUUUAAGACAGCAUCCUAAUGCCUUAGCAGAAGGUAAUGUGCUGCCAAGAGAGAUCCGCCAAGAGGAGCCUAUAGGAGAUAUUAACAUAGAAGAAGAGGCCGUGGGCCCUCAAGAAGAAAAUGCAGGCAGUGCUGAAGAGAGUUUAGGGCUCAAUGAGCCUGCGAGCCCACAGGAGAACAGCGCUAACAGGGAAAUGUCUCAAGCUUUAGAACUGCCUAUAAGCUCUCCACAACAGCAGCCCACAGGCUUACAUGGAGAACGUGAUUAUCAGCUAAACAAUGAAUUUACCAGCCACCAAAACCAGAGCAACGAAGUCAACACAACGCCUAGUACUAGCCAAAACGAACAGGUCAGAGACAUUGCAGAGAAUGAAAGCAUGUCUGCUUCAAAUGCUAACAACCUGACCAGCACAGCCAGUGAGUCACAAGACCAAGAUGCGUCCACCAAUGAUGUCACUCACUGCCAAGAGACCACCAGUAGUACAAGAGGAGACAAGAGAAGUUUUAUAUUAGAAAUGAAUAAAAGUUCCAACAAAAACAGUCAAAGUGGCGACACCAGAAAUCAAGCCAGGCAUCAACUCUCAUCAGACUUGAACCAAACCAGUGAACAAGGAAGUGAACCAGAUUCACAUGAACACUUCUAAUAAAGUUCUACUGUUGGAAUUAAAGAAAGAAAAAAAAGCUGCAACAAUCAACAAAUCUUAGGAAGAUGGAAAGAAUGGCAUAGAUAAGAAGGGCAUUAAUCUUGAUACUACCUCAGCAAUCAGAAGCCUCAAAGAAUGAAAGAAUGUUUUUGUUUAAGGAAUCAUUCCACCUUCUUCCAGUGCUUUAAUUAGUGCUUCCAUUCCAUUAGCAGCGGGAUGCCUUCCACAAAUAAAUGGUAUGGAGUAAGAAUGUGAAUACUAAUUGCAUUCUUUUGUUCAAAUCUUAAUAUCUCUGAAUUCCUUUUGUUCAAAUCUUACUAUCUCUACAUUCUUUUAUUCAAAUCUUACUAUCUAAGAU